AUGGCCAGGAACCUAGAAUUGGAUGUGACCGUGGUCCAUCCAGCUGCCAGCAUCAACAGGAUUCGGGCGGAGAUGGAUCACGCGUGGCAUGUGUCAUGGAUGAUGGAGACGCGACGCGUUUGUUUGUUCUCACUUUGUCACACUGCCACUCUACGGAGGCUCCCGCCGGGCGCUUAA